AUGUUGACCACCACCAAGGAGGAGCUAGGCAAGGUGGAAGAGCUUCUCCCAACGUUGCAAGUGUUUGAGCAAAGGCAUGGGCUGUUUGGGGAGCAAGACAGCGAGGCCUUGGGCUCGGCAACGGCGGUGGCCUACGCGGCCAAGGGUGGCAACUUUGCCGGCAAGGGCAAGGGUGGCCCCGGGAAGGCUUCCAUGGCUUGCCACAAGUGUGGAGCCGGGGUUGGCACCGUGGAGUUGCGGUGUGAGAUGCACUCGGGAGAGCGGGUUAACCUCUCCGUGAGGUGCUUACGUCCCGGGUGUGGCGUAGAACAGGUCUGCUCGGUGAAGAAAGCAACCGCGGUAGUAGGGGCCGAGGUUGUGUUCCGCGGGGUGGUGUGCGAAGUGUCCAUGGACGGGGAGGUCAUGCUUCGGGCGGAGGAGAACGCGGAGGGCUUGUCGGUGAUUUGCCAACCAUCGGCAACGUGGGAGGACACGUGCUUGCUCGUGAGGGAAGCCGAGAGCCCGGUGUUGUGGCACCGGAGGUUGGGGCACGCCGAAAAUGAGAGCUUGGCCAAGAUGGUCGAGGGCCCGGGGUUGGUCCGGGGUGUGGGCACUGGGGGUCAAAGCGGAGGCGUUCCGGGAGGAGAAAACGUCGGUGGGGGGAGUAGGUACUUGGCCACUUUCCUCGACGACUUUAGCAAGCUUUCGGUGGUGCAACCGAUGAAGCGGAAGAGCGACGUCACGGCGGUCACAGAGAGCGUGUUUGCCCGCUUGGAGUUGCAAUCCGGGAAGAAGGUCAAGUCGGUGCAAACGGACCGGGGCGGGGAGUACGUCAACGAAGGAAUGAUGGCCCUCCUCGGAAAGCGAGGGACGGUGCAACGGACCACGGCGGGGCACUCUCCGAAGAAAACGGCUCGGCGCAGCGGUUGA